AUGGACGCUCAAAAGCCAGCUGUGAAGAAGCGCAAGCUCACCGACAGGAACCUCCCAACUGCGUUCCUCCAAACACCCGAGUUCUCAACCGACUCGCAGAUGUACCGCGACCUCCUCGACAUGGAACGCCGGCUAGACUGGACGAUAACACGAAAACGCGUUGAAGUACAGGACGCUCUCCAACGCAUCUCACCCACAACACGUACAUUGCGAAUAUUCCUUAGUCACACUGUGUCUGGACAGCCCUGGCAGCAAGGCUCGGAGGGCGGAGCGGGGGCUGAAGGCGAUGCGAAGAGAGCAAAGGACCGAGUGCCGCCUCGGAAGUUCUCAAACCUGAUCAAACAACUGGUCGUUGAGCUCGACCGCGACAUGAACUUGUAUCCGGAGGGCAACAUCGUUGAGUGGGUGCGGGGACCCAACCAACCUUCUAUGGACGGUUUCACCAUCCGACGAAAAGGUGAUACCCCUACCAAGAUCCGCGUCAUACUGCACCUUGAGCAGCAGCCCGAGCAAUACAAGGUACACCCUGAACUCGGGAACCUAUUGGGGGUGAAGGAGGACAGUCGAAUUGGCGUCGUCCAGGCAUUGUGGAAUUAUAUCAAGGUUCAGGGCCUCCAGGACAAGGUCGAUCGCCGCAUGGUCCGUGCAGACACGCAUCUCCGUCCGUUGUUCGGGGCGGAGUCAGUCAUGUUCCAACAAUUACCCGAAGUUGUCAACCGCUACCUCUUGCCACCGGACCCGAUCAUCCUGCACUACAACCUCAAUCCAGCCAUUCCACCGCCAGAGAAGCCGGGCGCGUGGGACGUCGAGGUGAAGCUGGAUGAUUCUGGUCUGAAAAGCCGGAUGAGUCACGCCGUCGUGCAACUGGCCACCGAGACUGCUCGCGACCUCGCUAAACUAGAUGAUGAGAUCGCCAUGCACGUCCAGUCCUUGAACAACGCGCACCUCAAGCGCUCCUUCCUGCGCGCCUUCGCCGACGACCCCCAGCAGUUCAUCCAGACAUGGCUCGCGUCGCAAUCGCGCGACCUCGAGACGAUGCUGGCGAGCGGGCCGAGCGACGCGGCGACUGUGCGGCAGGAGGACUUGCGGCGCAGCGAGUUCUUCCGCCUACCGUGGGUAGAGGAAGCUGUGGCUGUGCAGGAAGGCCUCCGCCUCGCUGCGAGGGCGGGAAUGUAA